AUGCUAUAUUGUGCUUGCCAGCUCGUCUCUGACGAUAUCGCCAGUGCAUCCUUUCCUUGCCGUGUUAUUGCCUUUGUUAUGAUUGCUUCAGAUACUAUGGCAUGUAUGUGUUUAACUAUGGUCGGUCUCAACUUGGUCACAAUAUUUGUCUUUAAAGUAUCAAGGUCAUUCAAGCUUGAAUUGUUCUACUAUUUCUUGAUUGGUGUCUCGGGUGUCAUGGUGGUCGUUAUACCCCUCUUUAUGUGGUAUUAUGGUUGGUUGCUAUUCUCACUUGUAUUUGCAGCAUUCUGUGCUGCAAUCUCGAUCCGAUUUGUCAUGAAAAAACAAGAUAACUUUGCAGGUACACUCGACAUGUUCACCCGACGCAAUCAUGUCGAAAGAUCACAAUUAAACACGCUCAAGAAGUAUACCAACAACAACACCGACAUUUUUACAAAAAUAGCAAUUCGAUGUAUUUGUUAUCCUUUAGACCCUGCCAUCGGGGCUGUUCUUAAAGAUUCUAGAGACACUCUCAAACAAAAGUAUGUAUAUGACUACUAUUGUGUCAAAUACAAGUCUUCUUCUGGUCCAAAGUCCUACUAUCCACGUCUUGUGCAAGUCAUUCGCACUGCUGAAAAAUCUCGAUCCAUUCGUCUAGAAGAUCGAUCUCCUCAAACAAGUGUAUUUUCAAAUCGAGGUGAAUCUCUUUCCAGUCCGUUAAACAUCUCUCCAUUUCAAGCUCAACAAAGACAUACGGUGGAUCUGCCUUCAAUCGAGGUCUAUCAUGAAGAACUGGCCCAUCAUCGUGCUCGACGCUACAGUGUACUUAGUGUAACAACCGUCAGUGGAAAGAUGUUUUUACCAAAUGAAGGUUUAGAACAUCCCACAUCCUGUUUUUCUUCAAAUGUAUCUGUUAUUCCCAUGCGCCGUGUUAGUCACGCUAAAAGCAACACGCAUCUACACCACCAACAUCCACAACAAAGGCAUUCGGGAGGCUAUCCUUCUUCCUCUUCAAAGCAACCUGUAGUCGAAACAUUAGUUCCUUAUAAAAACCCUAGAACUGCUAGGUGUAUCCACUGGGUUUUAAAGUCUGUCUUUAAAGUCGAUCCCAUCCUUUUGGUCCAGGACGAAGAUGAGGAAGAGGAAGAGGACUUACCCAAGGAUAUCAGGGUUUUCUGUGACUAUACAGAUCAAUCCCAUUCAUCCACACCAGCAAGUACUUCUAGAUAUAUUUCUCAAUCUACAGACAGAAGAGUCAGCAACUCAUUGAAACCAUCUGCUUCAAUGAGCGUCCAUGCGCAAGAUUCUAUCAAGGAGUUUCCACUUCGUAAAGUAUCUUCUAUUAAUGUAGCUACCUUAUUUCGCCGCAAGUUCAGAAAGGAGUUUUUGUCAACUGCGUCAGGAGAUGAAACGCCGCCAUCCACUUCCAGUGGGAAAAGCCGAUUUGCCAAAAUAUUGAAACGUGGUCGUUCCUUUAGUCGACAAAGAUUCACACCACUUCACCACCAGCAACAAAAACAGCAAGAACAUCAACAACAAGAACAUCAACAACAACAACAGCAGCAAGAGGGCGAACAGAAUAAUCAGCCCACUUUUACUUCAGCCGCUUCCAGACCUCAAGGAGGGCAGCCUACAAGUGUGGCGUCUGAACAAGAGGAAGCAAGCUCCGCUACAGAUUCCCGUUGCUCUAUUGUAGUUGCUACGGAUCCUUUUCCUAUUCAACUAUCCCCAAGGCCUAUUUCGCCCCGUCUCAGAAAACAAUCACAUGAUGCUCAACUUGCUUCGUCCAUCAGGAAACAACAUAGUCUAUCUUUGGAUGGGUCCUUAAUUAGUUUAUCACAAUUAUUUGAUGGUAUAAUGCAAGAGGAAGCUACUGCUGAUGAUAUAAUUCAGCCAAGUGGUAUCGUAGUACCUACACAAGAAAGUGGAGUUGAUCUGGGCACUAGACAUGAAUCGCCUGUCAAACAGACCUUGGCCCCCGAUGAACAUGAAGGGUUUGUAGAAGGAAACACCACUAUUGAACAUAUUUCUAAUUGGGAAGAAAUGGAUCAGAUAGAAGGGACUCGAUUUAAUGUUUACUCAGAGUCUUGGGAUAUUGAAAAGCAAUUCAAGACCCAAAUGUCUAUGGCAGAAGAUAUUGCAUACAUGUAGCUUUCUCUCUCAUUCACUCUCUCUCUCUCUCUCUCUUUUUUUUUUUUUUUUUUUUUUUUUCUUUAUAUUUUUAUUGUUAUCGUUAUCAAAAUAUACAGUUCCUUAUUUUAA